GACGCACAACAAAGGCGCAGGGCUCAGUGCGCGUCUGGCUGUGCGAAAGUUCGGUUGAGCUUUCAUUUUCCUUGUCGUACACUGUGUCUGUUCCUUGUUCCGUGUAAUGUGUGCAGUGCAUUCGGGCCUUUGUUAGCCAUGCCCACCACCUGUGUUUUUCAGCUGGAUCGCCUGAAUCCCGUCUACAACAGCGGCGAAUACAUCAGCGGACGCAUUCUGCUACGCACGGAUAAGGUGAAGCGCGUGAAUGCUGUCUACGUUACACUCGAGGGCGAGGCCAAGGUGCAGUGGUCCAUGAGCGGCAAGAGUGAGACAUCCAACUAUUCGGGCCACCAGCAGUAUCUGCACACACGCACCAACGUCUUCGACAACUCGCUGUUCCGGGCCGGAGUGCAUGUCUAUGUGCUCACAUUGCGUAUACCACCCGAUUGCCCGAGCAGCUGCAAGGGCCCCUAUGGCUACAUAGCCUACAAUAUAUCGCUGACCAUCGACAAGCCCUGGGGCUUCGAUGAGGUCUUCCGCAAGCCCAUCAUGGUGGUCCAAACAUUGGAUCUCAACUAUAACUCGGAGUUUGCGCUGCCUGUCAAGGAUGAGAACAUCAAAUACCUCUGCCAUUGGCCAUGUGUUUCGGGACCCAUUAGCUCCAGCCUGGCGCUGCCCGCCUCCGGCUUUACGCCGCUGCAGGAGGUGCCCUUCACCGUGGAGAUCGACAACCAAUCGCCGCACUACGAUAUUAUUGCCUUGGAGGUGUCCAUAAAGCAGCACUUCGUCUUCCUCUCGCGCAAGCCCGUCAAACGCAAUUUCUACACGAAGACCCUCUGCAAGGAGAUCGUCACGGAUCGCACCCUGCGCCUGUCCAAGCGCAUGUACGAGUCGAGCAUUGUUGUGCCCAUGGACACGCCCCGCUCCACGCUGAACCCCAACUACAUUGUCUUCCUGCACUACACGCUGCAGGUGAAGCUGAAGACCGGCUACUUCCACUACGACACGGAUCUCUCCGUGCCCAUUGUGGUGGGCACGACGCCACUGCAGCAUCUGCAUGUCAGCACCUGCACCCGGCAGCCGGGUCGACGCACGCCCACGUCGGAGCGCCAACGCCUCAUUGAGCGGGUACAGCCACGCCCCGCCACGGUCCAGGAGGAGACGCCACAGGAGGCGGCUGCCGAGGAGAUUCAUCAGACACUGGAGGACGACGAGCCGCCCUCGUAUGACAGUUGCUUGCCGCCUUCGUUUAGCUUCGCUACUCUGGCUGGCAGCCAGCAGACGCUGGAGAGCCAACCGCGCAUACAUCUGCCCAAAUUUCCGGGCUUUAGCACGCUGCUGGGCACAGCGCCGGCGCAUGAACAGAUCCUGGAGGACUCCGGUCUGGACAUGCAUUACUAUCGCUCCUAUGGCUCGCUCGACACGGAUCACACGGGCCGCAGCCUAGAUACCUUCGGCUCGCUGUGCGGCCCCCUGUCCGAGCAGGGCGAAGCGGAGCAGCAGGAGCAGGAGCAACGACUGGAUGCCACGGCCCAGGUGCAUCAGGCCGAGCAUCAAUUUUAAAUGCAAGUGUCUUAAAGCCCAUUGGGGGCAUAAUACGUAAGAUUGUACUAGACAUAAGUGUUUAGAGCUAAGUAAUCUAAUUAUAUUUUCGAGUGUAUCAUAAUCCGUCUUAUUGGAAGCUCUCAUAGCUCAUAUAUUAUAUAUAAUAUAUAUGUAUUAUAUAUACAUAUAUAUUAACUAUACUUUACUGCCAUCCAAAAUUGAAAUUUCAUUAAAUCGAACUUAUUGAGUGCCAGAACGAAAUUUACAAAAUAUUAUUCUAUUGCUUUUUACAUGCAUACUUUUGAUUCAAUUAGACUAUUACAAAUAAACAUGUAUGUAUGUGUAUGCAUGUAUCUAGAUCUAAAUGUAGCUAUAUCUAAUAUUUUUGAAAUAAGACUUGUGCGUUCAUAAGUGGACAAUAAAUACGUAUACAAAGACAAGUUCUUAAUUCUUAGCUGUUUUACGAAUUUAUUUUAAUUUAUAAAUUCUAAUACAAUUAAUAAUUAUAUUAACAAUACUUUUUGGUAAUAAUAACAAUGACAACAAUUAUAAUAAUGAAUAAUUAUCAACAACAAUUUAUUGAUAAUGAUUUAAAAACCAUUAAUGAUGCUCCUGAUCGAUAAAACUAUGUAAAAUGCUCCAGAUGAUUGUUAUUUAUAUAUGUAUAUAUACAUAUUUAGAAAUAAAAGUGGGGCCAAAGAGUUCUGAGGCUAACGUGGAACAGAAUUUUUUUUUUUUAA